AUGUCUUACUAUAACAGAUACAGGAAUCAGCGAAGCUAUACGCCUCAAGCCGACUCCGCUGCCGCAGUGGACGAACCAGAUGCUAUAUUCGAGUUAGGAAAGAACAAAAGAGUUACGGUCCGGCAGUUCAGAAACAUGAACUUGAUUGACAUUCGCGAGUACUACGCGGACUCCUCCUCGGGGGAAAUGAAGCCGGGCAAAAAGGGAAUUUCCUUGACCGAGGAAGUGUACGACGAAUUGUUGAAGCAUCGCCAGAAUAUCGACGAUGCGCUCCGGAGAUUUGGAUCCAAGAGGCCAAGAACAAAAACGGUAAAUGUUCUUUCGGACAGUGAGGAGACUACUGUUGAUAUACAUACGCCUAAUAAGGCCUCUUUCGAGAAAUCAGAUUCUAAGACGAGGAACACGGAAAAACCAAGAAAAGAGCGUAAGAAACGGGAGCCUGCGCCCCCUCAGGCCCAACCAGAUGAGAAAAGACGUCGUCACGAUGAAUUAGAGUCCCAAACACGAUUAGUGAUUCCUGGCGGGGACCCACAGCCUUCCGCUCUGCCAGAUAAAUCGGUUGGGAAAACUGCGAAAGCGAAAAAGAAAAGUACGGAAAUCAAAACAGGUAACAAUGGCGGUAAAAAGAACAACAAGAACAAUAACCCGAGACUCGAUGACAUGUCAUCCACGGUGCAUGCGGCCAAUCCGCGUUUAGACGAUCAUUUGCAUAAACUAACCUCACCUACCAAACCCGAGAACGACUCGGGCCUCGACUCCAGCGACGAAGAUUUUGCAUUGGCACUAGAAUCGGAGUUCAACAAGGACGAUGACGACGAUGACGAAAGCAUACUACACACAGCAGAACCAGAACAAACGGAUGGCAACAUCAGUGAGGAAUCUUAG